UCCACGUUUCUUCUCAACGGUGGGAGGUUGUGCUCGACGGAUAUGGCAGUCUCGGCAGCUUCCAAUGUUGCAGGUUGGAGCUUCCGUUUGUCAGGGAGAGCUAGCCCCAGAAAGAAGCUUUCGAGAAUGGCAAACUACAUCUACCCAAACCGAAUUCGAUUCUCAGGGACGAGGUGGGCGAGGUCCUUUGUUGUUCGAGCUCUCGAUCCCCAGAGAGGAAGUAACGAAGCAGAAGAAAACUCCAGAAACAGUACCCGCACUUUCCUUUCUUCGGAGGAUUGGGGUUAUCUCGCAAAAUUGCUGGCGGGUUCUGUUCUGGGUGCUGCUGCAAUCAAGUAUGGAAGUGCAGUUUACCCUGUGAUAACCAGACCCAACAUCGUGCAGGCUUUGUUUAUGAUUCUAACUCCUGUUGUUGUAGCUGUUUUCCUUUUGAUCAAGGAAAGUAAUUUAGAUACAGAAGAUUAGGAACCUUUUGGCUGUGCUAUUCAGGAGUCCUGCUUCUGCACAAGUUUUAAUUUUAUAGUAGAACUAAAGAUGUAACAAACCCUGAAAGAAAACGGUUUCUAUUGUGCCAAUUUGUGAUUAUUCAUUACUAACAUUUUCUUUUUCUU